GAAGGAUGGGUCAACUACAGAACGAUUUGGUUUGGCUUUUUAUUUCAUUUGUUUUUACCAAGAGCUUUUGGGUCACAGCAGAACCRUGUAACUUGUUGAACUCACAACAAAAAGCCGACUGCUUUGACAAAGGAGCGUUGRCCGCAACUGAUGACGCAAAGGACGUGACAUGGUUCCAGACAUGCGUGGUAGAGUACUUUUGCCUUCAAACAGAAAAGGGAAAAAUAAUGAAACCACAAUUUGAAAUUGAAAUGAGACGAUUUCGUCCCGGCGACUAUUUUGAGUACGCAGCAACAAGGAUCGAAAACUUUUUCCUUCGCAACCGAGACUGGAAGACAACCAAAUCAAACCAAGAUUACAGAGCUAAUAAUUGUGUGAAGCUUCUCGCCAUCACUGAAGCCCGUUACCUCUACGUUACAUAUGUCCUCUUCAUCCAAAGUGGAAAGACACUUACUGCAUGUCAGCAAGAUAGCAGUAACAAGUACAUUCUGCCUGCAGGCGUUUGCUUCCCUCGACCUUAUGGUAGUGCUACUUGUACGUCGGAUUACGAUGUGGGCCUGAUUGGACAUACUUCAGGGAUACUGACAAGUGCAUUCAAUGAGCAUUUCAGAGAGAAAUUUAAUAAGCCGUCAGAAGAGGUUUUUGACACCAAUGUGUAUGCGUACACUCUUGAAUACGCCAUGCCUGAGUUGUUUACUGGGAUGACUGGAUUCUUCAAAAACAUUGUUCCUUAUUUGGAUCUGAAGCCGUGGUAYCAAAUGCAAGAGCUUGCCAGCGCUUAUUUCAAGAUGUACAAAUUCAGAGAUUCUUUUUACAAAGAACUUAAAGCCGAUGCUGAAGCCAAUCUUGGUGGCCUGGGACUGGUCAAGUCUGUGCCCGACCGAAACCAAUUUUUUACAGGAUUUAUUAAAAAGCUUGAAGGCUGGGAUAAAAACAAGAAAGGUGUGAAGAAUAUUGACGACCUGAGAAGCGAACAUAAUAAAAUCUACGAAGAAAGAGUGACGGAAGCCAAAAAACAUUUUGAUAAGAGAGACUACCAAGAAAUCGCUAGCUACAUGUCAGAGAUGUCUGUAGCCCUAGUGUAUGCAGCMGAGGCCUAUCACACCAGAGGAGCCAUGCGUCACGUGGUUGGUGAUCUUCAAAUGAAAUCAGCCGAUGUCAAGGCAACCACUACAGUAAUGGAUUAUUGGGCGUCUAUGAUCGAGAAUUGGGCUGACUCCAACAAAGAAUACGAUCACUGCACUGAGCUUAAAGUAGAAGCCUGCCUCCUCAAAAUGAGCAAAUAUUUGUUCCGCACUUUCAAUGCCAUGAAAAACAUUUACAAGAUUUUAUCCAGAAUCCCUAAUCCUGCAAACGCACUGAAAGCAGCUAUACUUGUCGUGCAGUACCCARAACCCGAUCCUGARGMGAUAACUUUUCRCUGGACGGACCAAUUUCGAAGUAAAGGGGCCGUCGAAAUCCCGGACUUUAACAAAAAUAUCAAGCCCUUUCUGGAUAGCGUUGGCUGCAGAAGUCAAAAAGAGAAAUCAGCCUUGGAUUUCGACUGCAUGAAGAGYAUCCAAGCUAUAGUGAUGGCAUACAACAACAUCUUGGUGUCUGCUACAGCUAAGGAGUCUCAAGCUAUUCGACAAAUCUUAAUCAUAAAGGAGAAUGGGCAAAAGAAAACUGCUCCCGCUUAGUAGCUAGUAUCUAAUGUCUGAAAUCAUAGAAAAAGCCAAGUUCUAUGUAGUAAAAUUCAGACCUGAUCAGAUUGCUAAGCUUAGUUAUAUGGUUUAUUCUUGUAACUUUGAGAAAAAAACAUGUUAAUUAUUACUUUAGUUCACUUCUCAGCAAUGUGAAAAAAUAAAAUAGCAAUCUAUAUAUUGU